AUGGAAGGAGAUUUGCCUCUGGGAGGAGUUUGGGAAACAGAUGCUGGCACGUUUAAUAAGAGAGAGAAUACAUCCACAACGGGUGGUUUUGGAGUUGGAAAGAGUUUUGGAAACAGAGGCUUUUCAAAUAACGAAUUUGAAGAAGCUUAUCGUUUUGCUUUCUGGAGAGUUCUGGGCUAUUUAAAAAUUGCUGGUCCGUAUAUUCUAGUACAUUUCUUUGCUGACACUGGUCAUGAUGACACUUACCAAAGCAGAGGUAACAGAGGAAGUCGACGAGGACCAAAAGUAACCUAUAUACCACCUCCUCCAUCUGAGGAUGAGGACUUCGUCUUUGCACAUUAUCAACCAGGGAGAAACUUUGGCAAAUACAAUUGUAUUCUUGUAGAGGUAUCCGAACCCAAUGCACCACCACCAAUUCUGACUUUUAAAGAAGCUAAUCUCUGUCAGACACUGAAUGACAACAUUGCUAAAGCUGGUUAUACUAAGCUUACUCCUGUGUAGAAAUACAGUAUUCCUAUUAUCCUAGCAGGACGAGAUUUGAUAGCUUGUGCACAAACAGGGUCUGGAAAGACUGCAGCAUUUCUCUUGCCAAUUUUGGCUCAUAUCAUGAGUGCUGGAGUAACUGCCAGUCGUUUUAAAGAGCUGCAGGAACCCGAGUGCAUUAUUGUAGCACCAACUCGAGAAUUAAUCAAGCAGAUCUAUUUGGAAGCCAGAAAAUUUUCUUUUGGGACUUGUGUAAGAGCUGUUGCUAUAUAUGGGGGAACCCAGUUUGGGCAUUCAGUCCGUCAGAUAGUGCAAGGCUGUAAUAUAUUGUGUGCUACUCCUGGAAGACUGAUGGAUAUCAUAGGCAAAGAAAAGAUUGGUCUCAGACAAGUCAGAUACUUAGUUUUGGAUGAAGCUGAUUGCAUGCUGGAUAUGGGCUUUGGACCAGAAAUGAUAAAGUUAAUUUCCUGCCCAGGAAUGCCACCAAAGGAGCAGCGUCAAACCGUUAUGUUUAGUGCAACAUUUCCAGGAGAAAUUCAGAGGUUGGCUCGGAAGUCUUUGAAGCAGAAUUACUUGUUGGUUGUGGUUGGACAAGUGGGUGGAGCAUGUAGAGAUGUUCAGCAGAUCAUUCUCCCAGUUGGCCAGUACUCAAAAAGAGAGAAACUUGUUGGAAUUCUACUAACCACAGGUGAUGAGAGAACCAUGGUUUUUGUUGAAACUAAGAGCAGAUUUUAUUGCCAGUUUUCUUUGUCAAGAGAAAAUAUUAACAACAAGUAUUCAUGGUGACUGGCAGCAGUGAGAGAGAGAGCAGAGUCUAUGGGAUUUUCGCUGUGGAAAGUGCCCGGUUCUUGUUGCUACCUCAGUAGCGGGCAGAGGGCUGGAUAUUGAAAAUGUUCAACAUGUUAUCAAUUUUGAUCUUCCUUCUACCAUUGAGGAGUAUGUCCAUCAAAUUGGACGUACUGGUUGCUGUGAAAAUACUAGCAGAGCUAUUUCCUUUUUUGAUCCUGAAUCAGAUAACCAUUUGGCACAGCCUCUGGUGAAAGUAUUGUCAGAUGCUCAACAGGAUGUUCCUGCAUGGUUGGAAGAAAUUGCCUGUAGUACACGUUCCGAGCCCCAGUGGUAGUACAAGAGGAAAUGUGUUUGCAUCAGUUGAUAAUAGAAAGAAUUACCAGGGCAAGGGCACUUUCAACACAACAGGGUUUUCUUCGUACAAGCUCCCAAUCCGGUAGGUGAUGAGUCAUGGGAUUAAAGCUGAAACAGCCUUCAAGUUUGUGGCACAGUUUUGAUGCAGAGAAGACAAUAGUUUUGAUUUUUGAGCUUUUAACAGAACUGUGAAACCUGACACUUGUAUCUCGUCCUUCUGUUCUUACUCCCACCCUUAAAGAAAUAUAUAUCCUGACUAGUUAUGUGAAAAGCUGAAAGUUACAGCAUUGCAGUUACUGAUAUAAAUGGUGUUACCCGGAAAGAUUAAAGCAUUAUAGAUGUCUUGCUUAUUUCUAAAGUAUUCUUCAGAGGUUUUAGACAUGUUUCAUGUCUAAAUGCUAAGUCUUAGUAUAGCGUUUAUGGAUCCUAUUACAAGCAAUAGCAUAUACACAUUUUUGGUUAAAAAUUAUUAGGUCUCAUUUUUACUCAAAAGGAAACCUUAAAGCUAGAUAGAGUGUUUCACUAAAAUAUGGUAACGUGAUUGUCAUGAAGCAGUGAAAGACAUAAGCCUGUUAAGACAAUUUUGAUUCUAGAUCAUCUGAUAUGUGAUAAAAAUGGUGAAAUGUUUGCUAUGUGAGCUCUGUACUCAAUGAUAUAACAAAUGCUUGUUUUCAUAAAAUGUAGACUUUCCUUGAAAAUAAAGGAUGAAACACUCUUAAAAAAAAAAAAGAAAUAAGAAAGCUGAUAACAUAAACCAUGUGAAGGCAUCCUCAGGGAGCCCUUAGAAGCAAAGCCGCUGUCCCCGCUCCGGGUUUGGUCGCCCAGAGUUUACGUGCACCCUUGGGGAUACAAAGGUUUAGCAAGGGGGGCAGAGGUGGGAGACUGCUUUCCUCACACCCACUUUCCAAGGAUUCCUCUAUUACUGCGCUUCUUCAAAAGGAAUCUGGAGAGGAGGGAUUCCCCUUCUGCCUCGUGAGUGAGCCCAAAGAGCGCCUCUGGGCUUACGUGCUUUAGGAAGGUAAGACUGCUUUCCUCAUCAGGAGCGAGCCUGAGUUCACCGGUGGGUUUGAGUCCCAAGGACUAGGUUAGGUUUGUGGCUGACAUUCUCCACAAAUUUAAGAAGUUCUUUUCAGGUUAAAGGCUUUGAAUAGAAUACAUUUAAACCAAGUCUACAAUAUACCAUAUACCAGAAAAUAUAUUCUUUAUAAUUAUUUGAACUCACAAUAAAAAUAUGUAGACGUUAACUUACAAACACAUUCUCAGGCUUUGAAAACUUUUAAAAGUGUGAGAGUGACCCUCAGAGGCCCCUGCCAGGGGGCAGUCAGACACCAGCCACGGCUGGCUGGCUUCCUAAUCUGGGUCAGAGGGAGGCACCAGGAGCUUCAGAAGCCAGAGAGAGGAUCUAGAGAUUUCGCUCUCACCUGGGGGUGCUCCUAGCAUGUGGGGGGAGAAGCUGCAAUACUGCUCAGCAUCCUGCGGGCCACAGGACAACCCCCCACCCAAGGGAUCAUCUGGCCCAAGGUGUCAACCAUGCUGGGAAUGAGCCCUGACCCUGAGGGUCACUUUUAUUCACUACUCAUCUAUUUAAUAUAUCAUGUUUAGUUACAUAAAAAGCUAUUUAGGAAAUAGAAUUAAAUUUAAACUAAAAUGAAUUUUGAGAAAAGGCAGUUCAAUACUAAAGUCCUGGUGAAGAUGUACAGAGUAGUACCUUCAUUAGACUUGAUGCUGCCAGCUUUCUAAUGCCCAGGGAGAGAAAGUGGGUGGUAUUAGGGGGCGUUGGGCUGAGGGAAUAGUGUGCUGUCCCCUACACUGCCCUGGGGCUGAGAGGCCAGCCACAAGGCUGUUUUUACUUGAAAAAGUUUGUUGCUUCAAGGAAAACAAAUGACAAUAUUUGUUGCCAAUUAUAAAGUUGGAGUUUUCAAGUGAAAAUCUUGGAAAGCUGGUAUCUGCCAUGGGUACUUGAAAACUUACUAAUAUUUAAGAGUUUUCUGAUGAGGUCAGUGUGAUAUUAAUGAAGAUUCUUUGCUAUCACACAAUGAAACAUGCCAACAUUGAAGAAAUCUGCAUAUGACUCAGUAACCAUCAUUUUCUGAAUGACAGGUGCAUGAUGCUGCUGCCCUACACAGCAUAGGUAACAGUGCUGCUGUGCCAAACCACCACGACAUGAUGGCUUAUGCAACACGACCUGUUCUUGCAGUUCUGUAGGUCCAAAGAGAGACAUGGGUCUCCCUGGGCUAAGAUCAAGGUGUCGCAUGGGCUGUAUUCCAUUCUGGAGGUGCCAGGGGACAGUCCGCUCCCCUGCAUCUUUCAGUCUCUCGAGACCCCCACAUUCCUCGGCUGGUGGAAUCCUUCCAUCUUCAAAGCCAGCAAUGGUGGGCUGAGUCCUUUUCAUGUUGCGUCUCUCUCUUUUCUUGUUACAUCUCCCUCUCCAUGUCCCUAACAGUCACAUUGGCAAACAUCACUUUUCCACAGAAGAUGGGAUAUGCCCAGGUUCACAGAAAUAGGUGCAGGUGCCUUUCAGGACCAUUAUUCGGGCUAGUACAUGUGGACAAAAGAUCACUCCAAAUUCCAGAGCAAUGGAUUCUAAGGUAACAGAGUACAAAAAGCUCAUUGAUACAAUUUCAGAUUCUACAUUGCAGGUAAUCUUUUACAAAUUUUAGAGUUUUGUUUUUGAAUCUUAAAGGCUAUAAAAAUUCUCUCUCCCGUUUCCAACUAUGUAUCUUUGAGGAGCUGGAUUUUCUUUAUAAACUUUAACCAAGCAACCUGUUACAACAGACUGAACCCAGGAGAAACAACUAUAAUCAUCUGAUUUUUCUCCCAUUAAACCAGACAUUAAGGAGAUGUGCAAAAAGGUAAAAAUAAUGCCAUCUUCUCAUUAAAUCAUUUUUGUUUUAGAAAAUGUAGUAAUUUUAUUUUUAAAAAUAGGCUAUUUAUGUUACUAUAUAAUGGGCUUAUUAUUUAUAAAUCAAUAAAAAUUUUAAAUGUUCUUGGUUUUAAUUUUCAAUGAGAUAAAUAUUCAGUGAGUUAAAUAUAACACAUUUAAAUAAAAGUUCUCUGGAAUCCUCAUUUUAAGGGCAUCAGGGAUUUUGAGACCCAAAAGUUUGAGAAUAAAGUAACUGCUGGGUGGCCUGUGAAAGGCUGUCUAGGAUGACAUUGGGAGGACCUGUAAGUAUCUUUUUACAUUAUUUCCAAGUUUUAAGUAACAUUUCUCACAUCUUCUCUACAACUACUAUGGGGUAAGAGGAAGAAGAGUCUAUGUGGACUCAGGACCCAGGGCUCACCCACUGACAAGCUGCCUCCUUUAACACCUGCUGAACUGCUUGGUCCUCAGACGUGGGCAUACACACCUGCUCUGUCCACCUACAGUGUUGUUAGAACUAAAUACGAUAAUUUAAGGAAACUGCUUUCUAAUCCAGAAAUUGUUUUAUAAGUCUAAGUUGGAAUGUUUUAGGCAUAUAAAGGCAUAUAAGAUAUCUGCUUUUGGCUGAGUGGAUGAACUGGACUAAAACAGUCAAUUAGCAAGUGCCUUUUGCACACCUGCCUAGCCACAGCACAGCAGUGACCUGCAAGAAUUAUAAGACACAGCUCUGUCCAGAGUUUAUAAUUAUGAGUUAAAGAGUGGUGAGAUCAGUAUCUCAGAGCAUAUUUUCAGUGGCUUCUGCCUGCAGAGAAAUGAUCAGAUAAGGAACUGGAAAGGUUAGAUGGAGGAGGUCAAGUUUCAAGAAAAAGAUGAAACAUGAGCUGUGUUUUGAUGAAUGGAUAGGAUUUCUUUUUCAUUGAGGUAUAAUGGACAUAUAACAUUAUAUUAAUUUCAGGUACAACAUAAUGAUUCCAUAUUUGUAUGUAUUGUGAAGUGACCACCAGAAUAAGUCUAGUGGACAUCCAUCCACACGCAUAGUUGUAAUUUCUUUUCUUGUGAUGAGGACUUUGGAGAUCUACCCUCUUAGCAACUUCCAAACAUACAGCCCCCUGUUAUUAACUGUAGGCCCAGGCUGCACAUUUUCAGUGGGUGGGAUCUGAAGCACAGUGGAAGCAGCAGCUCCCAGCAGGGAUGCUAAAGUGAAAUGCUAGCACUUCAGUGGGAACAACUCAGCACUGAUGGGGAGAAAGCAUGGCCUCUGGUCUUCUGGGUCCACGCCCAUGGCUGCCUUUCUACUGGGUGCGCUGCUGGGCUCCCCUCCCACUGCUGGUCUAGUGGGAAGCAGGCUUCACUCUCCCCCAGGAGACCAUGUUUAACUUUUUUCCCUGCUGCUUUUGAUGUACUUACAACAUGAAGACAUGUACAGAGGGUUGGUAUUAAUGAUGAGCAGUGACUCCCCCACACAGCUUCUUAAGAUAGUGAUGAAUCUGUUUACUGUAAGCUAGUUAAGACAAGUCAUGAGUCAUUAGCUUAAUCUGGUGCAGGUAAACCAUGUCAUGCUUUAAUCAGCUUCCCAGGCCCAAAUCAGCCCCAAGGCAAAGGGCAAAUUAAUGACUACAUAUGUUUUAAAGAAGGAGCAAGGUAGCAUUUAGGCUAGAGUCCCUUUUUAAAUCUGUGGCCACAUAAAUGCUUGAGAGUUAAGGGAGAUGCAAAUAUAUCAAAAUAAGAAAAAAAAUCACAAAAUCUGAAAGACCUUUCAACCUAAAUUUGAAUCAGAAACAUCAGCAUGAAUUCAUGGUGUGUUUUCUUUAAAACAAACAGAAACCAAACACGUGGACAAACCAAACUAAUUUCUAGUUCCAUCCACUGGACAGGCCUGUGUCUAACCCUAUGGCAAUAAGUGCAGGACUCUGGUUUCCGGAAACAAAUCUUCACAGAAAGAACCCAGGAUUCCUGCUACCAAAAUAAGGCAGGAGGAGCAACAUGGAUAUUAACUGACAUGGAAUCUGAAGAAAACAUAUUUCAAUACAAAAAGAAACAUGUUUUAAUGAGAAAAGGGAAAUUUUUAAAAGAAAACCUAAAGCUAUAGCACCAAACAGCCCUAAAGCAAAAUACACAGAAACUCAGCGGGUAUCAUUAAGCCAGGGUGCACGCUGUUGGCGCGGACCAGACCAGCAGGUCAGGCUGUCUCCCUCUGAUGCCAGCCAUGAUCACAUCAGGUGUCUGCAGGCCCAUCUGUCCCUGCUAGGUUUCCUUCUUGCUCCUCCAGCAGUUUAGCUUCUGUCGAUGAUUAUCGCUCAGACUUGUCAUUUUACUUUGGGAGGCAAAAUGGUAAUAUCGUAAUACUCUUACCCUUCAUUCUUUAGCUGGAAUUUUACAGAGGAGAACUUUGCUCAUCAAAUAUUUGAUCAACCUGAGGUGCCCUCCCUAUAGGAAGGGAAGAAUAGUCGAGUGAUGCUUACUCGGUAUUCCUAAGUAUUCAGUCAUGAGCUGGCUCCUUUGUGGUCCCUAAGGAUGACUGAUGAGGGUGUGUGUGUGUGUGUGUGUGUGUGUGUGUGUGUGUGUGUGUGUGCAUGCGCACGCAUGCGGGCUGGGGGAGAGGGGUUGGGUAUCACUAAGCAUUCAUGGAUUUCAAUAUAUUUGGUAUGUUUCAAUCCAUUGCAGUUACUCUGUUUGCUGCUCAAAAACCAUUCCGUUUUGCUGUUUGGAGCCCCUCAAAGUCCAGUUCUGGGGCCUGAUGUGGCCCCAGCAGGGUUGCACAGCCACCGUCCUUUCUGAUGGGACACGUGUUCAUCCCAGGAUCCCCUUGAGCAUUUCCUUCUCCAGCAUGGAGGCAGCCAUUUCCCCAGGAGCCCUGGUUCCUUGAAGUGAAAAUUCACAUUAGAGACUACAGUCCUGGCAUGGGGCUGAGCUGGUUGCUCACUGCUCUGAUAGAGCUCAGGAAUAAUGCUUUCUCUUUGGCUGGUCUUGUUUUUCUUUUUACAGAAAAUAUAUCAUGGGUUCAUAUGGAUAUUUACCAUCCAGACUUAGUUAGCAUGACAGAACUUUUCAUUGUUAAUUUCUUUAAUUUUGUUUCUGCAUUGUCUUUCUCUCAUACUUAAAACAUCCCUGGUAGCAUUCCCAUCAGUCCUUACUUGGUCCGUGUACUUUGUGUAUUUGGUUCCACAGUAACAGCCCUGUGUACUUACUUACUAAGAGGAGGAACCUGGAAGCAGUUGAGGGGCUUUGCAGCCCCUUUGCCUUCAGAUGCAUCUCACUAAGGCCACAUUAGGUCACGUGUAUUAUUUCAAGUCCCUGUGUUUUAAAGUUACGUGAAGUAAUUCUCCCUUUGGUGAAGCAACUACCCAAUAUGCAGUUACAUCCAUUUCUUCCACUUUGCUUUCAUUUACGAGGGUUGCCUUUUUAAGAACUAAACUGUAUUUCAUAACUAUAUUAAACUUCUUACACCGUUCCAGUAAAAUGCACAAGCCAGUUGCUCUCAGAGAAUUCUUGCUUCCAUCCUUGUCCCCUGGGUUGCUUCCCUCCACUGAUAAAACUUGUUCCAGUUGCUCAGGCUGUGGAACAAGGAACCCCAAACUCUGUGGUGUGCACAAACACUUAUCACACCCACUGGUUCUGUGGGUCACUGGUAUGGACAGGCCACAGCAGGCUGCCUCAGCUGCCUCAUGGUGUCGGGGCCUCAGCAGGAGGCAUCCGAGGUCGGUGCUCGGGUCAGCGGCUGGUGGUGGCUGCCAGCUCCGAAAGUUCCCUUCCUGGUGGGCCUUUCCAAGUGGGACUUUCCAUGUGCGAUUCUGGGCUGACUGGUGCUGCCCCACAGCCCACGGCCGGCCUCCUCACCGUGAGCACCAUAAGGCUGAGAGAGAAGGCUGUGGGGGCCAUGGGGCCCAAAAGCCACCCAGCGUCCCUUGUGUGGCCUUCGCCUGGCAGGGGAUCAGCAGUCCCAUGCAGGUUCAUAGGCAGGAGGGGCCUCAUAUGCUGCCGGAGCAGAGCAAGGUUCUGGAGGAGUCUCUGGCCUGGAAAAAAUGGCAAGGCCACUUUUGGAAAAUACAAAGAGCCACACGCCGGUGGGGUUUGGUUUGUCGUUCGCUAUGAAAUGCCGAGAGGAGAGGAAAGGGAGAAGCUGUCACAGUGUUCCAUAAUGCCGUGGAUUUGGGAGGAGACUCAGAAA